GUUUAUAAACAAAGGUAGUACUGUAUCUUUUGAACAAUAAAUUAUAGGCCGUAUUAAAGACGUAAUCAUAAUUGGAAUUUCCCACAUUUAACAUCGGGCAUGCGCAUUUGCGCGGUAGUACGUCACGACAGUACUAAACAAAAUGGCAUCCGUAAUAAAGCGCGUUCGUACUUGUAUAUGAUAUACAUAGACCUGCAAAAUUAAAGAAAAAUGGAAAGUACCCUUGAGAGCCCUGCGGAAUGCAAUAACACCCUAAGUAUCGCUAAUUUCAACACAAACCCUUGGACAUCGACACCAAAUGGGACGAACAGAAAUCAAACCUAUUUGUUUAUCGCUGUGGAAUACGUUAAGGAUACGGAUGAAUAUAAGAUUUCCACAGAGGACUUCGCAACCCGAACGACAACGACAAUUACCGACUUCCAAGAUCAUGUAAGUCCGUUGGAUCCCAAUAUGAGCUCGGCAGCGUGUUACAGUCCAUCGGCGAACGAUCCCGACAUUGCGUAUAACAACUCUGUUGUUGUACCACAACUAAUCACCUCCAAUACCAACCAACCAUUACUCAAUGCGAGUCGUGAUUCGUUCAUCAAUCAGCUAGUCGAACCAAACGCACCACUAGAACACAUACCGAACCUAACGAAUUCGGAAACGAACCUUCUGAAAGAAGUUGUCAGCAAUAGAUAUCUAUUAAACCAAGAGCCCACAACGAAUCCUCCGAAUCCGGGUGUUCUGCAGUUGGUGUCCGAUCGGAAUCCCGAACAAGAAGUGGAACUGUUAAUUACCGACCAAACAACCGGCAUAUCGUAUAACGUCAGCACUCAGGAGUACUUAGUCGAACGAUGCUUGGCCGACGAGCAACACCUAUUAGAUGCUCUAGCCCCCGAUCCCCUACUGGAUCCCGACCUUUUAACAUUGGACGUCUCCACUUUAAAGUCACAACUGCCCGAUAUCGUCGAGGCGGCUGAACUCAUCUCCAACUCGGUGAUACAGCAGAACUUGACCGAUUUAGAAAUUAAAACUGAGGACUUCGAGGAGAAGGAGAAUGAGAAUCUGCGGAGAUCGCUUAGGCAGCACGAUCUGAAGUUGAACGAGAAGGAAGAGGGUAUCUUAUUGAACAAAAUUCGUACAAUAAGCGACAAACCUGUGGAGUCGCGUGCGAAAGCAACACUGCCGGCCCAUUACUUGGCAAUCAUUAAAAACGAUAAGGGGGGAUACGGCGUGUUCGCCCAGAAGUUGAUCCCGAAGCAGACACAGUUCGGUCCGCUCGAGGGGCUUGUGGUGGUUAACGACUGUCAGCCCGAUAGCGAGGGUUUUCACUUGCUGGUGGAGUCUGACAAUGGAACGGUCCAUCGUUUGGAUGUUUCGGACGAUCGUGUUGCUAAUUGGAUGUGUUACGUGAGACGAGCCGAAACUUACAUGGAACAGAAUGUAGUCGUCGUUCAACGGGGUAGUUCUCUGUUUUAUAAUACUGUGACGAAUAUAUUGCCGAAACAGGAACUGUUGGUAAGUUAGUCGGUUUCUUCGUGU